AUGGCCCCCGGCUGCAAAUCUGAGUUACGGAAUGUGACAAAUUCUCAUUCUAAUCAGCCAAGUAAUGAAGGUGAUGCUAUCAAAGUUUUUGUGCGAAUUCGCCCUGCUGAAGAAGGUGCUAGAUCAACAGAUGGCGAGCAGAGCUUUUGCUUAUCUAUGCUCUCCCAGACGACUCUCCGGCUACACUCCAACCCAGACCCCAAGACCUUUGUAUUUGAUUAUGUUGCAGGCAUGGACACCACUCAGGAGUCUGUAUUCUCAACAGUGGCUAAAAGCAUUGUGGAAUCAUGCAUGAGCGGUUAUAAUGGGACCAUCUUUGCAUAUGGGCAGACUGGCUCUGGGAAGACAUUUACUAUGAUGGGACCAUCAGACUCUGAUAAUUUUUCUCAUAAUCUGAGAGGAGUAAUUCCACGAAGCUUUGAAUAUUUGUUUUCCUUAAUUGAUCGUGAAAAAGAAAAGGCUGGAGCUGGGAAGAGUUUUCUUUGUAAGUGCUCCUUUAUUGAGGUCUACAAUGAGCAGAUAUAUGACCUCCUGGACUCAGCAUCAGUUGGACUAUAUUUAAGAGAGCACAUAAAGAAGGGAGUCUUUGUGGUUGGUGCAGUGGAGCAGGUGGUGACCUCAGCUGCUGAAGCCUAUCAGGUCUUAUCUAGAGGCUGGAGGAACAGGCGUGUAGCAUCAACAUCUAUGAACAGAGAGUCUUCUAGGUCUCAUGCAGUCUUUACAAUCACAGUAGAAUCAAUGGAGAAAAGCAGUGAGACCGUGAACAUUCGGACCUCCUUACUCAACCUGGUGGACUUAGCAGGAUCUGAGAGGCAAAAAGACACCCAUGCAGAAGGGAUGAGGUUGAAGGAGGCAGGUAACAUAAACCGAUCACUGAGCUGCCUGGGCCAGGUCAUCACUGCCCUUGUUGAUGUGGGUAAUGGAAAACAGAGGCACAUCUGCUACAGAGACUCCAAACUCACCUUCUUACUGCGGGACUCCCUUGGUGGCAAUGCCAAAACAGCCAUAAUUGCAAAUGUUCAUCCAGGAUCCAGGUGUUUUGGGGAAACACUGUCAACACUUAAUUUUGCUCAAAGAGCCAAGCUGAUUAAAAACAAGGCUGUGGUAAAUGAAGACACCCAAGGAAAUGUCAGCCAGCUGCAAGCUGAAGUGAAGAGGCUCAAAGAACAGCUGUCUCAGUUUACUUCUGGGCAGAUAAUACCAGAGAGCUUAUUGGCCAGAGAUAAAGAGAAGACUAAUUACAUAGAAUAUUUCCUGGAAGCAAUGUUAUUCUUUAAGAAAUCUGAACAGGAAAAGAAGUCUCUAAUAGAAAAAAUUGCCCAACUAGAAGAUCUCACCCUCAAAAAGGAAAAAUUUAUUCAAUCUAAUAAAAUGAUUGUGAAGUUCCGGGAGGACCAAAUCAUGCGUUUGGAGAAGCUCCAGAAGGAGGGUCGAGGAAGCUUCCUGCCGGAGGAGCAGGAUCGCCUGCUGUCAGAGCUGAGGGAUGAGAUCCAGACGCUUCGAGAACAUGUGGAGCACCAUCCUAGACUUGCAAAGUAUGCUAUGGAAAACCACUCCCUCAGGGAAGAGAAUAGAAGACUGAGGUUAUUAGCACCCGUGAAAAGAGCCCAUGAAAUCGAUGCCCAGUCUAUUGCAAGACUAGAAAAGGCUUUCUCUGAAGUGUCUAGCACAGAGACAAAUGACAAAGGUCUGCAAGGAUUUUCUCCCAAAGCACUAAAAGAAUCAAGUUUCUUCACGAACACGGAGAAGUUAAAAGCACAACUCCUGCAAAUUCAGACAGAGCUGAAUAAUUCAAAGCAAGAAUAUGAAGAAUUCAAAGAAUUAACUCGGAAAAAGCAGCUAGAAUUAGAAUCAGAGCUUCAGUCUUUGCAAAAAGCAAACCUCAAUCUUGAAAACCUUUUGGAGGCAACAAAAGUCUGCAAACGCCAGGAAGUUUCCCAGCUGAAUAAACUACAUGCUGAAACACUCAAGAUAAUCACCACUCCAACCAAGGCUUAUCAACUUUGUUCUAGACUAGUACCAAAGUCAAGCCCUGAGGUGGGGAGCUUUGGCUUUCUGUGUACACAGAGCUCUAACAGACUAGAUAAUGAUAUAUUAAAUGAGCCAGUACCACCUGAGAUGAGUGAACAAGCUUUGGAGGCCAUUUCUGAGGAGCUUCGAACUGUGCAGGAACAACUGAGUGUUCUUCAAGUCAAGCUGGAUGAAGAAGAAUGUAAAAACCUGAAACUUCAACAGAAUGUCGACAAGCUAGAACACCAUUCUGCACAAAUGCAGGAGCUUUUCUCAUCAGAAAGAAGCGAUUGGACCAAACAGCAGCAAGACCAUCUCACACAGCUGAGUGACCUGGAAAAGCAGCUCCAGGGUGCUCAGACUAAGAACGAGUUUUUGAAAUGUGAGGUACAUGACCUGCGAAUUGUUCUUAAUUCUGCUGACAAAGAACUUUCUUUGGUAAAACUGGAGUAUAGCACAUUCAAAGAGAAUCACGAGAAAGAACUAAGCCAGCUUUCUGAAAGACAUGUGCAGGUUCAGCUUCAGCUGGACAAUGCCAGCUUGUGGAAUUUGGUGGAGCUUUUUGAAGCAGAAAAAGAACGCAACAACAAAUUGUCAUUACAAUUUGAAGAAGAUAAAGAAAAUAGCUCUAAAGAAAUCUUAAAGGUUCUUGAAACUGUACGUCAGGAAAAACAGAAAGAGAUGGCCAAGUGUGAAAAGCAGAUGGAAAAAGUACAGAAACUAGAAGAAAGCUUGCUUGCUACUGAAAAUGUUAUCAGCUCUCUGGAAAAGUCUAGAGCGUCUGACAAGGAACUUGUCACCAACCUCAUGAUCCAAAUCCAGGAGUUAAGAGCAUCAACUAGUGAAAAAUCAGAAACCAUAGACACCCUGAAACAAGAACUUCAAGACAUAAGUUGCAAAUACAAUGCUGCUGUGACUGACAAAGAAGAGAGUAAGGAGUUGAUCAGGAGACAGGAAGUGGAUAUCCUGGAACUGAAAGAAACUCUUAGACUGAGAAUCCUCUCAGAGGACAUCGAGAGGGAUAUGCUUUGUGAAGAUCUGGCCCAUGCCACUGAACAACUGAACAUGCUCACAGAGGCUUCAAAAAAGCACUCUGGACUACUGCAGUCUGCUCAAGAAGAGCUGAACAGGAAGGAGGCACUGAUCCAGGAACUUCAGCACAAGUUAAACCAAGAGAAAGAGGAAGUGGAGCAGAAGAAGAGUGAGUACAGCUUGAAGAUGAGGCAGCUGGAGCACGUGAUGGGUUCUGCUACCGAAUAUCCACAGAGUCCCAAAACACCACCCCAUUUUCAAGCUCAUUUGGCAAAGCUCUUGGAAACACAAGAACAAGAGAUAGAAGAUGGAAGAGCCUCUAAGACUUCUUUGCAACACCUUGUAACAAAGCUAAAUGAAGAUAGAGAAGUCAAAAAUGCUGAAAUUCUCAGAAUGAAGGAUCAAUUGUGUGAAAUGGAAAAUCUACGCCUGGAGUCUCAGCAAUUAAGAGAGAAAAACUGGCUCCUGCAAAGUCAGCUGGAUGAUGUGAAAAGGCAGAAGGAGAGUGGUGAUCAGAGUCAUCCAGACAGUCAACAGCUGAAGAAUGAACAUGAAGAGGAGAUUAUCAAAGAAAGGCUUGCUAAGAAUAAACUUAUUGAAGAGAUGCUGAAAAUGAAAACAAAUCUAGAAGAAGUCCAGAGUGCACUUCACAGCAAGGAGAAGGUCUGCCACAGAAUGAGCGAGGAAAUUGAGCGAACCAGAACUUUGGAGUCUAGAGCAUUUCAGGAAAAGGAACAACUGCGGUCAAAGUUGGAAGAAAUGUAUGAAGAAAGAGAAAGAACUUUCCAGGAAAUGGAAAUGCUGAAAAAGCAACUAGAGUUUCUUGCUGAGGAAAAUGGAAAAUUAGUAGGUCAUCAAAACCUACAUCAGAAGAUUCAAUAUGUAGUACGACUGAAGAAGGAAAAUAUUAGGCUUACUGAGGAGACAGAAAAGUUGCGUGCUGAAAAUGUAUUUUUGAAAGAAAAAAAAAAAAAGGAAUUCUAAGGAUCCCAGCUAUCUUCAUACACAUCACUUUGUUUAGAUUGAUUCUUUAAAAGUGAGAUUGUAUUUGCUCACA